GUUUCUUACAGGCCUUUUGGUAGGUAGAUUAUUUAGUAUUAUAAGUAUAUUGUAAGAUUUUGUUGGAAUUGUUUAUAUAGUUUUUGGACAAGGAGUGGAGGUCCAUAUCUCUCCACUUAUGCAUGCCAAAUUAUAGUUUAGAUGUAUUAUCAAUUGAUUUGUAUUGGAAGACCAUUUGAAUGUCUAUUUGAACUGCUAUCUCCUUUUGAAAAACCUCUGUCCUUACUUGGAUAUGGUGUAGGAAACUCUUGAUCCUUUGUUCUUGCUGUGUACCUCAUCAAGGCUAAUAGGUUCUGGUGAGAUCUUGUUGCUCAAUAUUUAGCUAAAUGGCUGGAAGAUCCUUCAAACCUUCAGACUCGCAACAAGGUAAGCCUCCGGGCGUGACCUUUGCAAGGAGGACUUCAUCUGGUCGCUAUGUGAACUUGUCUAGGGACUCCCUGGAUAGUGAGAUCAGUGGUUUAGAGUUUGCGAACUACAUGGUGCAUAUGCCUCCGACACCCGAUAAUCAACCUUUUGAUCCUUCCAUUUCACAGAGGGUUGAAGAGCAGUAUGUGUCGAAUUCCUUGUUUAGUGGUGGAUAUAACAGUGCUACUCGUGCACAUUUGAUGGAUAAGGUGAUUGAUUCGGAAGCAAAUCAUCCUCAGAUGGCUGGUACUAAAGGGUCUUCUUGUGCUAUACAAGGUUGUGAUGGAAAGGUCAUGAGUGAUGGCAGGGGUGAUGAUAUCCUCCCUUGCGAAUGUGAUUUCAAAAUUUGUCGGGAUUGUUAUAUUGAUGCAGUCAAAAUCGGAGAUGGGAUGUGUCCCGGUUGUAAAGAGCCAUACAAGAACACUGAUUUAGCUGAGAAUGAUGUGGAUCCCUCUAGACAACCUUUGUCAUUGCAUUCAAAUGUUGGGAUGUCUAAAAAUGAAAGGAUGUUGUCGUUGAUGCGAUCAGCUAAUAAGUCGGCCUUAAUAAGGAGCGAGUCAGGGUUGAUGAGGAGUCAAACAGGAGAUUUUGAUCAUAAUAGAUGGUUAUUUGAGACUAAAGGAACAUAUGGAUAUGGGAAUGCUAUAUGGCCAAAGGAUGAAGUAUUUGGAAAUGACGAAGAUGAUAACAUUGGUGAGCAUUCUGAACUUCUCGACAAGCCUUGGAGGCCACUUACGCGUAAGCUGAAAAUACCUGCUGCAGUACUCAGCCCAUACCGGCUUUUGAUUUUAAUUCGUGUUGUUGUACUUGGAUUAUUUCUUCAAUGGAGGAUCAGCCAUCCCAACAAUGAUGCUAUAUGGCUGUGGUAUAUGUCAAUAGUCUGUGAGAUUUGGUUUGCAAUUUCAUGGCUGCUUGAUCAGCUUCCAAAGUUAUGUCCAGUCAAUCGUGCUACCGAUCUUACUGUCUUAAAAGAAAAGUUUGAAACUCCGACCUCAACCAAUCCCACUGGAAAAUCUGAUCUUCCAGGAAUGGAUAUAUUUGUUUCUACAGCAGAUCCAGAGAAAGAGCCGCCACUCGUUACAGCAAACACAAUACUAUCUAUUCUUGCUGCUGAUUACCCUGUUGAAAAACUUUCUUGCUAUGUAUCUGAUGAUGGAGGUGCUCUUUUGACUUUUGAAGCAAUGGCAGAAGCUGCAAGUUUUGCCAACAUUUGGGUCCCAUUUUGUCGUAAACAUGAUAUUGAACCGAGGAACCCGGAUAGUUACUUCAGCUUGAAGAAAGAUCCUUACAAGAACAAAGUACGUCAAGAUUUCGUCAAGGAUCGUAGACGUGUGAAGCGCGAAUAUGAUGAAUUUAAGGUUCGAACGAAUGGCCUUACUGAUUCUAUUCGCCGGCGUUCUGAUGCCUACAAUGCUCGAGAGGAAAUUAAGGCUUUGAAGCUUCAGAGAGAGAGAGCUGGAGAUGAACCUUUGGAACCUAUCAAGAUAACUAAGGCCACUUGGAUGGCAGAUGGAACUCACUGGCCCGGAACUUGGAUGGUAGCUUCUCCCGAGCACUCUCGGGGUGAUCAUGCAGGAAUCAUACAGGUGAUGUUAAAACCUCCAAGUGAUGAAGCCUUGCAUGGUGCGACAGCUGAUAGCAGUAUGAUUGAUUUUACGGAAGUUGAUAUUCGGCUCCCCAUGCUGGUGUAUGUUUCUCGUGAGAAGCGUCCUGGCUAUGAUCACAACAAGAAGGCUGGAGCUAUGAAUGCAUUGGUCCGAGCAUCAGCUGUCAUGUCCAAUGGCCCUUUCAUUCUAAACCUUGACUGUGAUCACUACAUCUACAACUCAGAGGCAAUAAGGGAGGGCAUGUGUUUUAUGAUGGACCGGGGUGGGGAUCGUCUUUGUUAUGUCCAGUUCCCUCAGCGGUUUGAGGGGAUUGAUCCCAAUGAUCGUUAUGCAAAUCACAAUACUGUUUUCUUUGAUGUGAAUAUGCGUGCACUGGAUGGACUUCAGGGUCCUUUUUAUGUGGGCACUGGUUGCCUCUUCCGCCGGACUGCUCUGUAUGGUUUUGAUCCCCCACGAGCAAAGGACCGCCACCCUGAUUGCUGCAGUUGUUGCUUUGGGAGGGGUAAGAGUAAGGCCAUUGUUGCUGAUGAAACGAGGGGACUUAGAAUGGGAGACAUUGAUGAUGAGGAUAUGGAUCUUGCUUUGUUUCCUAAAAGAUUUGGAAACUCUAGUGUCCUCAUUGAUUCAAUCCCGGUGGCUGAAUUCCAAGGUAGACCGCUCGCUGAUCAUCCUUCUGUAAAGUAUGGACGACCUCCCGGUGCACUAACUAUUCCAAGAGAACUUCUUGAUGCUUCCACUGUUGCUGAAGCAGUCAGUGUCAUUUCGUGUUGGUAUGAAGACAAAACUGAAUGGGGCAAUCGAGUUGGAUGGAUUUACGGAUCUGUUACUGAAGAUGUGGUAACAGGAUACAGGAUGCAUAAUAGAGGUUGGAAAUCGAUAUACUGUGUGACAAAAAGAGAUGCAUUCCGUGGCACUGCACCAAUCAAUCUCACUGAUAGGCUUCACCAAGUCCUACGAUGGGCUACUGGUUCCGUUGAGAUCUUCUUCUCACGCAAUAACGCCUUUCUUGCUAGUCCAAAGAUGAAAAUUUUACAACGGAUUGCUUACCUCAACGUUGGCAUCUACCCGUUCACUUCAAUAUUCCUGAUUGUCUACUGCUUCCUCCCAGCACUCUCACUUUUCUCCGGUCAAUUCAUUGUUCAGAGCCUUAAUGUCACAUUUCUCGUGUACCUCCUUGUCAUCUCAUUAACUCUCUGCAUUCUAGCUUUGCUCGAGAUCAAGUGGUCUGGCAUUGCUUUGGAAGAUUGGUGGCGUAAUGAGCAGUUUUGGUUAAUCGGAGGCACGAGUGCACAUCUUGCAGCUGUGUUUCAAGGUCUACUAAAAGUGGUUGCUGGCAUUGAAAUCUCAUUCACUCUGACAUCAAAAUCAUCCGGUGAUGAAAAUGACGAUGCAUUUGCUGAUCUCUACGUCAUCAAAUGGACAUCAUUGAUGAUUCCUCCUAUAACAAUCAUGAUGGUUAACUUAGUUGCGAUAGCAGUUGGCUUCAGCAGAACUAUAUACAGCACAAUACCACAAUGGAGCCGUCUGUUAGGAGGCGUUUUCUUCAGCUUUUGGGUGUUGGCUCAUCUCUAUCCUUUCGCGAAAGGACUUAUGGGACGAAGAGGAAGAACACCAACCAUCGUGUUCGUUUGGUCCGGGCUCAUUGCCAUCACCAUUUCCCUCCUUUGGGUUGCAAUUAACCCUCCUGCAGGUAACACUGAAAUUGGAGGUUCAUUUCAGUUCCCUUAACAACUUUUCUAUGAUGGCAUAGUAACAAACUA